UAUGGACCCCCAGUUCUGUGUCAACUAGGCGCCUAUACGGACGUCUGACGUUUUGACGUCCCGCGCCCAAAGAGUUUCGCGCCGUUUUCAAUACAACCUUUUUGCUCUCCUCCCAAUAAAAAAAAAUAACUUGUUGACGUGCAGACUUUUAGCGGGAAAAGUUUAAAUUAAAAUGAGAAUUCGGCGGACAAUGUAAAAUUUGUUUUUAAUUAAAUACUUUUUGACAGUUCCGUGUGUUUUUAAAUAGACAGUUUUUUUUUGUUUUUGGAAUUGUUUUUUUUUUUGUAAUUUGUGUGUUGUUUUGGAAACUUUGUUGACAGUGGGUGACUUGUGUGUGACUUUUGUUUUGGAUUUUAAUAAAAUAUCUCCAGAAUAUUUUGAUGGAUGACAGAUAAAAUGUUCCCGAGGAUAUUCUGAAAAAAACCAACACAAAUGAACCAAAAAACUGAAAUCACUCAUCAAUAUGCUUCACACAUAUAAACUAUGGCGGCAUCACACAAAGAGACAUUUGAAAAUGGAACGCCAUUUAUAGGGCUGCGCGCGCGCAGGGCUGAUUCCGAAUUCAAAUUUAGAACGGAAAGGCGCCGGAAAUGGGCUUGGCCGGAUGUCGGGAUUCAGAUCCUGUUGUGCUUGCUGUUGAUAGUCGGUUGCCAUGGUUACCAAGAACAGAGGUUCGCGAUGGAGCCGCAAGAUCAGAGUGCCAUAGUGGGCUCGCGAGUGACUCUCCCGUGCCGAGUCGAGAACAAAGUGGGGGCGCUACAAUGGACAAAGGACGACUUCGGGCUCGGCACACACCGCAACCUCAGCGGAUACGACCGAUAUGCUAUGAUUGGGAGCGACGAAGAAGGGGACUUCUCUCUAGACAUCAAAGAUCUGACCUUGGAAGAUGACGGACAGUAUCAGUGCCAAGUCAGCUCCGGUCAUAAUGGUGAGCCAGCAAUCCGCUCCCGCUACGCUCAACUCACAGUGCUGGUUGCUCCCGAAGCACCCAGGAUACUGAGAGGAGCGUUCAUCGAUGCCACUGAGGGUCAACCUGUUGAGAUCGAGUGCGUCUCUUCGGGGGGCAAACCGGCUUCUGAGAUCACUUGGUUGGACGGCAACCAAUCCGUGAUAAAGAAGCACGUCAAAAGCACCGUGGAACUGUUACCAGACGGACAGAGGUAUAAAACCAGAUCAGUGCUGCGGUUAACGCCAGCUAAGGCUCACCACAAUCAGACUAUAACGUGCCAAGCACAGAACACAGCUGAUAGGGCGCCAAGGAUGGCUAUUGUACAUAUAGAGGUCAAAUACGUGCCAAAAGUGAAUGUGUCAAUGACUUCUGGUCACAACCGCAAGAUCCCCGAGGGGUCAGAGCUCAGGGUCCGUUGUGAUGUCGACGCAAACCCCCCGGCUCAGAUAUACCGGUGGUAUAUCAAUAAUAAUCCGGUAGUUGGUGAUUAUGCUGAUGAGAUGAUCAUCUUUAAUGUAACAAGAAAACACCACAAAGCUGUGGUCAGAUGUGAAGUCAGCAACUCUGUGGGAAAAGGCGAAGGAAAUACCACGUUAGAAGUUACUUACCCACCAACAUUCAGAACACGGCCUCAAAACGUGGAGACAGACAUAGGAUCCAGCGUGAUCCUCAGCUGUGAUGUGGACGGCCAGCCGCAGCCGGAGAUCCGGUGGCUGUUCCACGAGCCGGGACGGAUAGGGCAGGUCAAAGGAAAGGCCCCGAACUUGAAGGUCUACGUGAACAGGGAGACGGCAGGACGGUACAUCUGCAAGGUCAUCGAGGAAGGGUAUCCUGAGAUCGAGAGCGAAGCCACCAUUUUUAUUAAGAGUGCGCCCACAAUCCUAUCAAACAGAACACAGUUCGGCAUGGAAGGAGAGAGUGUACGCAUAGAAUGCGCCUCUCGCUCCGUGCCCAAGCCUGAUGACAUCCGGUGGUACUUCGAGGGUCGGGAGAUCAGCGUUAUACAGGAUCCGGACUAUGCGACAUUAGAAGAAAUAUUACCAGAUGGCGUGAUAAAAUCCAGCCUAGUGAUAAGAGCGAGCCAGUCUAAACACUAUGGACAGUACAAUUGUAGUGUCACCAAUGAGUAUGGAAAUGCUAACGCUGCGAUUAUGUUAAAGCCUUUGAAAACCCUACCACUCUACAUAAUUCUGAUCGGCGUAACAUCAGGCAUCAUCAUCUUCUCGGCUUUCAUCAUACUAGUAGUCGUCUGCCACAGAAGAAGAAGAAAGAAGGGUCAGAUGAAUGAGAAGCCUGACGUUACCGUGACGACGGGAGAUGUUUAUAAUAAGGAGAGUGAUAGGAGUUCUAAUAUUAGUGAUCUGAAGCUGCAGCUGCCUCAAAGCGAUGGGAGCUAUGAAUUGGACUACACAAGCUCCGAUCGUUCAGACAGCAAGCUGCAUGCUGGUCUUCCACUAGCAGGCCCCGUGCCUCUCCCGAACAUGAGGCACGACGACCCUCUGAUGCAGUUCCGAUACAGCAACGACUACUCCGACCCUACGUAUAGUGACCCUUACUUUAAGAGCCCCGCGGGCUACGUGUACGACUACCCACAGGGAUACGCCCCCCCGCCCCACCUGCGGGUACAGUCGCCCCCCCUCGACCCACCUAGUAGGUCUCUUCAAGGAUCAUUGACGCGAAGCAUUGACACUGCCUCAACGCUUCCCUUGUCAGCUGGCAAUGGAUCGCAAAACAACACUUUACAACGAACGAUAAAGUCGGACGAAACGGACGCCAUUAAUAAUUUGGGUCUCCCGGUUGGUGAUGCAUCACCAACGCCGAUAUACGCCCAGCCUAACACCAAACCGUCGAACGUGGACAUUCGAUACUCUGCCGCUUACGGCAACCCUUACUUGAGGAAUAGUAAUAUUGGUUACAACAACCAAGUGCACACAGCGAAGCCAGCGUCCACCCCGGCUCCUCCCCCCUACUCGGCGGUCAGAAACUCAGUGGUGGUACCUACAGGUAAAUAGGUGACACGGUGUAACGGGUAAUAGCAGCCAACCGACGCAAGGUACCCAUGUAUAGCGAAGUCGGGGUUACGGAGAACAUAAUGACUAGCGGAGAUGUCAUAACGCAAAAUCUGCUAAGAAAGUAGCGCGCCAAAAUGCGGGUGUUCGGGCGACGAAGAACGUUACUGAAUCCGCUCUCAUACGAAUUCUUUGGAACCCAGUCAAUCUAAAUCUUUGACAGAUGUCUCAAGGAAGCCGAAUCCGAACGCCUUGUUAGUUGAAUAGUAACUGAUCGUUUCGGUCACGUUACUUGACCUACAAGAAGGCGCGUGACCUACCUGCCUUAUAGCAUCUCCGCUAUAUUUCCUUCCUCCGUGGUGGUUAAAGACUAGUAAGUGAACAAUAAGCUGUGUAAAAAGUUGUAAGUGUAACAUACUACUUUGUUCCUAAACGACUGAGGUGUAUUGUAUAUACGUUAGUAUACGUCAGAAGACUUGUAUAAAAUUGUUAAUAGAAAUAAUCGAAAAA